CUUCCAUCACCACAAUGUCGGCGGCUGCUCUGUCCUCGCUGCUGCCCCAGCCGCGCCACUCGAUGGCCGUCACGGUCGAAGAGGAGCCAGUGGUAGCACCAGCGGACGAGAGAACGACAGUAGCAAGGCCCUAUGGACAACGGCGGGGAUGGAAGCCGCGGGAGCAGGACGACUUUGGCGACGGGGGCGCCUACCCUGAAUGCCACAUUGCCCAGUACCCCCUCGAGAUGGGGCGCAAGAAGUCGAGCAAGAGCGGCAGCUCGCUCACACUGCAGGUGGAUGGCGAGGGCAACGUGCGCUACGACGCCAUCGUCCAGCAGGGCCGCAAGGAGGGCCAGCACUAUCAGUCGCAGUUCAAGGACCUCGUGCCGCUGCGAGAGCGUGGUGAUGACAAGGAUACUGCGCGGGACAUGGACCGGCCCGACGCGGAGUCAGUCGCUGAGACGGCCGAGCGCACGCGGCUGGCGCUCGAGAAGAUUACACAGAGUAAGAUCAAGGCGGCGCAGCCCAAGAACGUCGCCACCGGCGGCAGCGGCUCCUCGUCGUACAUUCGCUACACGCCCGGCGGGCAGCACGGCCAGGAAGGGGGCGCAGGCAAGCAGCGCAUCAUCAAGAUGUCGGAGCAGGCCGAGGACCCGCUGGAGCCGUCGCGGUGGAAGUUCAAAAAGGUGCCAAAAGGCCCACCAAGCCCGCCACCGCCGGUGCUGCGGAGCCCGCCACGCAAGAUCACGGCGCAGGAGCAAAAGGAGUGGAUGAUCCCACCGUGCAUCUCCAACUGGAAGAACAACAAGGGCUACACGAUUCCCCUCGACAAGCGCCUCGCCGCCGACGGCCGUGGCCUGCAGGACGUGCACAUCAACGACGGCUUUGCCCAGUUCAGCGAGGCGCUCAACCUGGCCGACCGGCACGCGCGCGAGGAGGUGCGGCAGCGGAGCCUAAUGCAGCAGAAGCUGGCGCAGAAGGAGAAGGCAGCCAAGGAGGACCACCUGCGCCGCCUGGCGCAGCGUGCGCGCGAGGAGAGGAGCGGCCUCGCGCCUGCUGCUGGCGAUGACGAUGAAGACGAGGAUGACUUUGACUCGAGGCUGGGUGCCGCGCCGGCAGCGGCCAGGGCGGGCGGCGGCGGCGGUGGCAGCACCGCCAACAACAUCGCCGCCGCCCUGGCUGGGUACGGCAGCGACAGCGACAGCGACGCCGAGUCCGACGACGACGACGACGACGACGCGGCACGGGAGCGUGACCGGCUGCGCGAGGAGCGACGGCGCGAACGGGAGCGCGAGAUGCGCAUGUCGAAUAUGGGCACCGAGCAGCGCGCCAAGAUGCUGGCCCGCGAGCAGAACCGCGACAUCUCUGAGAAGGUCGCCCUGGGCCUGGCCAAGCCCACGUCGUCGUCGGAUCAGGUCGACACUCGGCUCUUCAACCAGGAGAAGCUUGACGCCACGUUUGGCGACGAGGACUCGUACAAUGCCUUUGACAAGCCCCUCUUCUCUGGCAGCACCGCCGCAGCGGCCAUCUACAAGCGCCCCGCCGGCCGGGCCAGCGGCGCUGGUGGUGCCGACGACAUCUACUCGGCCGAGGGCGUGCAGGAGGCCAUGGAGAACGACCGGUUCGGGCUGGGCAAGUCGCGGGCCUUUGAGGGAGCCCAGUACCAGGAGGCGCGCGACGGCCCGGUGCAGUUUGAAAAGGACGCCGCCGACCCGUUCUCGAUCAACCAGUUCCUCGACGAGGCCAAGCGCGGCACCAAGCGCGGCGGCAUCGACAGCGGCGAUGCCGCCUCGAGCCGAAAGCGUGCGCAUGCCGAGUAGGCUUGUACUCACCGCACCCAUCAUUCUCACCCGUACUCACUCUUCCCUGAUUCAUUGAG